UCCGGAUGAAUUGCGCCGGGGUUAACCAGACCAGUAAACCAGUAAACCAGUAGAUGACAUCAAACAGGGUCUUUUCUGCCCACUGCCCUUACGCUUUUCCGCUAGGGAAAGGCUUGGUGUGGUCGAGACUCCAGGAGCCAUGGAUAGCCGCUGCAAAAGGUCGAAUUGUCUUGCCACUGUUCGGCUGUUCUUGCUCGUAGAGGGUAUCUGAACUAUCUUUGUAGAGUUAUAACAUAAUAACCCAUGAAUAUCUUCUCCACCACAAGAUCGAUCGUGUUGCGAAGUGUGGAGAAGAACGGAGUCAGGCAGAGUGAUCAUGAUGGAUCAGUUGAUGAGUGUCAUUUUGUCAUUUAUCAUCAGGCACAAUAACCUUGGCAACGGCAACAAUCCUCCUCCAUCAGAAGGUCCCAGACGAACCUUUCCGCUUUGGGCCUGGUCUGGCGCUGCUUUUCGCUCACGGAGCGUGGGGUGGAACUCCAAAGUGCGUGUCCGUCCCGAGGUUCCCGGGCGAUGCCUUCUGGAUUGCCGUGGCCGAGUCACAAACCUCGAUCAACAUCCAAAACACAGUAGCCACACAGUCGGAAAUAACAAGCUUUACUUUAUUAUGAUUCUAUCUCCGAUACUCCUUGAUUAUUUGCGAGACAUUCAUCGAACAACUUCUUCACUCCCAUCCUGCCUUGCACGUCUGCGAGAAUAUAUUUCUAUAGAACGCAGGUGGAAUCUAGAAUCACACCUCCGGUUCCGUGACACUAAUGACUGUCAAAAGAUCUAAAUCCUCAACCAGAUGCUUCACUACUGGAGACAUAGUCAUCCGUCAGCGGCUUCUUUAAUGCCUGCUGGUUUGUGACUCUUCGGAGCUCCUGUAACUCAGCGAACCCCAGCCUCUG